AUGGCCACGGCUCUGUCAGAAUAUCUGGUAACUGACGACUUAACUAUCAUUCUCGGCCUAGUCGCCGCCGGUCUCUUUCUCCUUCAUAACCUCUACAAACCUCAUUCCCUCGUCCAUCCGAUUCUUCUGGGGAGGCAGAGCGAUGUAGCUCGCAUGCGCCACCCGGGCGAAAGUGCAGUUUAUAGGAACUACGGCACUGGCAUGAUGGGAAGGCUUACAAACCCCGAGCUCAGGCGACGUGUCUCUGCGAUUGGUACUGGUCUUCUCAAGGUCGCUAGUCUGACUCCAGGAGAGUCCAACGUGCUGCUGCUGCUCAAUGAUGGCUUAGAGUUUUUACUCUCGGACUUGGCACUGGCAUCUCAGUCGAUCCCGUCCUUCACAUUGACAUCUAUAUCGCUCCUUUCGCCCGUCUUGGACAGCCAUCCGCCAUCCGCCAUCAUCACGGAGGCUGAGUUCCUCCCACAUCUGCUGGAACUCAUCUAUGACACCAAUGAGGGGUCUCAUCAUACCAUCAUCGUGAUCGGUGAACCUGAUGUCAAGCGCGCUCAAGGCCUCAAUCAAGUCCGCGUCCUGAAAUUUUCAGAGUUGGAGAGGCAAGGAGCGCUGCUCGAGCAGGCUGCACCAUCGGCCACAGACCCUCUCCAAGUUUUCACUGUCUCGUUCCAUCAAGCACCGUCGGGAGAUCUGCGUGGAGUUCAAUUUACCCACGAGAAUAUUACUUCCGGUGUCACUGCAUUGCGAGCAAUGAUGCCGUCUUCUGGGCCUGUCUCUCCUCUCGACACAGUGGUUUCAGCGCAUUCCUUGUCUUCUGGAUACGGUCGGGCUGUGGCUUACACUGCCAUCUUUGAAGGAGCCAAUUUCGUGACCACGUCGAGUUCGAAGAUUGUCCAGACCGAGAACGCCCAACGUCAAGAUCUCAGCGAUGUUACGUCCGUUGAGCGGUAUCCUAUUCCGUCCCCUACUAUUCUCUUCAUCACACCACCGCAUCUCACGACUUUGACGAGUGCAAUCAUCGACAACACCAAGAAGGCGUCUAUCAUAUUAUAUUCACUUGCGUGGCGUCACAAACUGGCCGGCAUCUUGGAGGGCUUCUUCACGAAGCAAAGCCUCUGGGAUAGACUUAUCUUUGACGGUGCUCGAAUGCAAGUUAUGAGUAAGGGUGCGGGAACAGUUCGGGCGGUUGUCGUCAGCGAAGGUCCGGUUGAAAAUCAGGCUCUCACUCCGGCUCGCGUUGCUCUCUCGGUACCUCUUGUGUUCGCCCAUUCUCAUCCUCAAGUCUCUGGUCCCGUGUUUGCCACGCAUUCUCUGGAUGUGCAGACUUUCCCUGCAGAUACAGAUUCCUCCGGGUCAUCUGCUGCGGAUAAUUACACGUUCUCGUAUCUCGCGACUGUUGGUGCUCCUUCCAUCAACAUGGAGGUCAAGCUGAAGGGCGUGGAUGAUAAUCUGGUCGAGAAUGGCGGUGAUCCUGUCGGCAACCUCUUCCUUCGUGGGUCGAGCGUAGGCCUGGUACUGGAUGCAGAGCCUGAGGAAGAGGAGCUCGAUAAGGGUUGGAUCGACAGUGGAGAGAGACCUCCUCAAAAUAUGUCUACUACGUCAGCUAUGGAGCUCACUGAUACACAGAUGCUUGACUAUUCAACCGACAGUGACUACACUAUGCACGCUACUGGUCACUCUUCCGAAUGGCCAUCGGUGGAAGCGACUAUGAGCGACGACCACAUCCCCUCUGCCACAGAAUACUCAGAGACCAUCGAAAUCGACAUGGAACAGAACGAAGAUGAGGAAAUGACAGAAUACGAGAUGACAGACGGUGUUGACUACGUCCAUGAAGGUGCUGUGGAGAUCCAGGACGUUGACUUCGCCGAACCAUCGCAAGCAGCCUCGCCUUCGGGAGUGAGUGCUAUCGACAGUACAGCGUUGGUGGACGCUACAUCUUCUAUUGCACCUCCGCAAUCUCUACCUUCCCCGACAGCUCAUCUAGAAACAUAUGGCUUCCAUCACGGUGCACUUCCCAGUGUACCUGAGCAUCAUAUUUCCGAUGUCGAAACUCUAGUCCAUCCAGCGCCUCUCGACACUACAGAGCAACCUCACGAACCGCCCGUGGAACUAUUUGCAUUGCCGACAGGCGAAAACACCGAUGAUAGCGAGGAAUCUCGUGCUACUGGACGCCCCGCCUCGCCCGCCAGACCAACUCUAGCGGACCCCGCUGCAUACCCUGAGCCCGAGUCGCAGCCGUCUUUCUUCGAACAUGAAGAAGACGGGGCGAGCAGUAAGGCUACUGGUAGCGAACCCGCUGAAGCACCAGGCGCUGAAGAAGGGUCCCUUGGGGGGGCAAAGCCGCUUACGGAGUUGGCGCGUUCCUCCGACGAUGUGGCUCAUCCAGUAGCGUAUGGAGAGGCGUACGAAGAAACUUCUAACAAUGAUCCGCACGAGAUCUCGGACGGUGUCUAUAUCGAUCCGCCACCCCCAGUGCUCCUUUCUCUCUCGACCUCGUCUCAACGAGUAGAAUGUUGUCUGUUCAACCAACCUUAUGCAGGAUCAAGGUCUCAAAGCCCUGAUACACAUGCGUCCGCUAGUACCGCAACAGAAUUUGCGUUGCUACUGUCUCAAAAGCCAACGCUCUACUAUGAGCCGCUCAACAACGUGUUUGAGGCGCUUCGCCAAGAAGAAGUUAUCAGUGGCGUAGCAGAGCUUGCGGAUGGGGAGCUGGUCCUUGAAGCGUACGACUUAGACCUGAGAAUAACUGAAGACAAUAUCCACGUGGGAGAAGUGACGAUUCAUGAACUGAACAUUUUGCAUGACGGUAUCGACCUGACAGGCCCUCUCCGUCUGCGCCUUUCUGCUACUCCUCGUUUUAUAACACGGUACCGCGCUCUUCGAGACCAAGUGGCGCAGCUCAGCUUAGAGGCCGGAUCAGAAAUUGUGCCCCAAUCUCAGUUCGAUGCGGCUGAACCUGAGGAAGCUGCCGAAGAAGCUGUUCGUCACGAUGCCCUUCCUGUUCCAGUGAGCAUAUCUGAGGUCGAACACUCGGGAGCGACCGAGCAAGCAUACGAUGAAGAAGUCAAUGGGCGCAUAACAAUCGAGACGGCGGAAUCCGAAGCUAAGGCAUCUGCACUAGCAACUAAUGACGAGCCAGGCACGACUGAAUCUGGGCAACGUGAGCCGCUAAGCGGCGUCGAGCAGGAGGAACCAAACCGCGCCGUGGAGACUGGUUCCGAAGCACCUGAAGAUGCGGCUACCGACUACGAGGCCGAACUCACGGCAGGAGAGGCAGCGCAACAUUUCGACGCUGAUGAGGUGCACCAGGAGGCUGAUGUGGGGGAUGGGGGCGAUUACACUGAUUAUGUUGAGAACCCGGAUGACGACGGACAGUUCGGUGAGACGCCGCCGGAAGACAGUGGUGCAGGCUCAGAUGUGGCCGACGGUCGCUACGAAGUACUUGCAGACCUGUACAGAGAAUCUUCGACUGACGCUGCUGGUCUCGAAGCCAAUGCACCAGGAAACGAACUGGGCGCCACUUCUGAGGCUGCGAGUUCUGACGAGCUGGUUAACCGCGAUCCGGACGCUACCUUUACGGGCCAGCCGUUUGCUAACAUUGCCUCGCAUACAGAAUUGGGCGAACUCGAGAGUCUUGAAGAGUAUGAUGCUGAAGGCGAAGACCGGCAAGGAGAAGAAUCAACACACCCGCAGGAAGAGUUUGAAGAUUGGGGCGAGUUUGAUGAGACUGAGCAGACCGCCCACGUCGCAGAAGAUGCCUUAUCGAAGGGCUCUUCUGAGACGUUAUCCACCCUGUCAAAACGUUCUCGGGAGGAAGACGAGGGUGAUGAGGAUGACGCUGAUAGCCACCCGCCGGGCUCUUCAGACUCUAAACGAGUGCGAGUGGGGUGA